UUCCUAUGUUAAGUUGUUCAACAAUAUCGUGAUAAAAUGUGGUGUUUGUUAUUUGCGUUUUUCUAAAGUGUGCGUCGUGUGAGAUAAGUGAACCAAACUUCUAGGAAGAUGGAAAAUGUUCAAGAAGUCUCGAGGUUACUUGCUCAGUGGGAGUCGCAGAAUAGUGCAGGAGCCGAUGUGACAGACACAUUAAAACAACUAGCUGAAAUUUUUGAAGCAGAAACAGAAGCUUUUUUAAAGCAAGAUCCAGAUCCGUUUGAUGACAGACAUCCUAGUCGCUUGCAACCAGAUUGUACUCUCGGACAUAUGCUGAAAACCAUUUUUAGGAAUGAAAACUUCGUAGAUGCGAUGGUUAAAACUUAUUGUCGGAGGGAUGCAGAAGAGCUCAACACUGCAGUUUGUCGUCUUCUGCUGGAUAUACUGCCUGGGUUGGAAAAUGUCAUUUUCCAAGAGGAUGGAUUUGUUCCAAAGCUGUUUCAUUGGGCAGAGAAAGCUCGUAAUCCCUUGCAGUCAUAUGCAACAGGACUUUUAGGUGCUGCAAUGGAUGUCCCUGAAAUAGCUGCAAAUUAUCGAGACAGAAAUGCUUACUUUGUUCCGUUAAUGUUGCGGAGACUGCAAGAACUCAGUGUUUCUUAUCUUCGAAACUGUGAUUCUACGAUCAGGGAAAAUGGUCCUGGCACUUCCAAACAGUUUGCCUUCUCACACUGUAAUUCAAAUGAAGCAAAAUCCCCUAGUCCUUCAGAAGAUCAACAGAAAAGCAGUUCACAAUUCUGCGAAAAGGCUAAAACUGUUAAUCGAAAUGGUGUAAAUAAAAGAAGUCUUGCGCAUGAAAGUGAAAAAGAGCAAUACAUACAUUCAUAUAUGAUAGGUUGCUAUCAAGUAUACCCUCUAACUCCAGUAAUGCAACAGAGGUAUAUUUUGCAGUAUUUAACACCAAUGGGAGAAUAUCAAGAUCUGAUUGGGCACAUUUUUGAAGCAAAUGCACUCAAUUUGAUUGUUCGAUACAUCGAUUUGCAGCAAAAUCCUAAUGUCCAGCUUGCCUUUGAAGCACUUAAAUACCUGGCAUCAUUACUGUGUCACAAGAAAAUUGCAAUUGAAUUCCUAAACACUGGAGGUUUGCAGUUGCUUCUGAGGAUUCCUUAUCCAUCUAUAGCAGCCACUGGGGUGUCACUAUGUUUAUAUUACUUAGCAUACAUUGAAGAGGCUAUGGAAAAGAUAUGUUUGCUGCCUUCAUCCAUUGUAACAAAUCUAGUCAGUUAUGCACUUUGGCUUCUCGAAUGUUCCCAUGACUCAAGCCGAUGCCAUGCAACCAUGUUUUUUGGAUUUGCUUUUGCAUUUAGAAGCAUCCUAAUGCACUUUGACAAACAAGAUGGCCUUCGCAAGUUGUUCAAUGUUAUGUCAACUUUAGAUGUUCGCACUAGAAACAGGAAUUUAAGUGACGAUCAAAUAUUUUCGAACCGGCAGACAACUAGGCAUGUCUGUGUGGCCCUGAAGCGAUACUUUGAAGCCCAUUUAGCUCUACUAGUGGAAGAAAAAAAUUGUUUUACUUCUCUGAAACAAGAUAUAUUAAUGAAUCAUAAUCCUCCAAAGCAGGAUCAAACAAAAUGUGAUUCUAAAUUUUAUAAGGCUUUAGAUUUAACAUAUGAAAGUAUUGAACAUAACAUUCAGAUGCUGCAUGACUCUUCAGUGACACCUAUGCUGCGCUGGAGGCCUGUGGACAAAUUUUUGCAUUUUGAAGGUGUUUCAUUUCUAUUAGAACUUAUAUCAGCAUAUUUUGAGCUUAGUUAUUCAGGAAG